AUGGUGGAGGAGUUCGGAAACCCACUGACGGCAGGCUUGUGCAUGUUGGUGACCACUCCAACAGGACACAGGUACGAAGGAGUCAGAUUUGAAAAGGGAAACUGCGGAGUCAGCAUAAUGCGAAGUGGAGAGGCAAUGGAACAAGGAUUACAAAACUGCUGUAGAUCCAUCCGCAUCGGAAAAAUCCUGAUCCAGAGCGACGAGGAGACGCAACGAGCGAAAGUGUACUACGCAAAGUUCCCCCCAGACAUCUACAGGAGGAAGGUUCUUCUCAUGUACCCAAUCCUGAGUACUGGUAAUACUGUCAUUGAGGCUGUCAAAGUUCUCGUAGAACACGGCGUACAACCCAGCGUCAUUAUCCUGCUGAGCCUGUUCUCCACACCGCACGGUGCCAAAUCCAUCAUCCAGGAAUUCCCAGAGAUCACGAUUUUAACCACAGAAGUUCAUCCCGUUGCACCAACGCACUUUGGACAGAAGUAUUUUGGAACAGACUGACACGCUCGGGGCAAACGGACAUGACUGUGAUGUGACAAGAGGUUUCUUUCUACGUUUCAUUUUUGUUGAGCUGGUGGAGGGCGUGUUUAAAAAUCCUUUUGGCCAAGGGGGUAAAUACUUGACUUGAUUGGUUCUGGUCAGUAACUGCCUGAACGCUGUGUCAGGUACAACAGCAACGUGCUCCGUCAUGACAAAGGCAAGCAGCUCAGUGUCGGGGCUCUAUAAAUCGCUACGC